CCGUUACUUUUUGUAUAUGACAACAAUUAACAUCGAGAUGUCGCUAGGCGCGCUUCAUUUUUCCGCUUGUUUCGCGCUUUUGCGACCGGCAUCUUUCUCGCCAGGUGCUGCCUGACCUUCCAUGAGGGCAUCGAGUCCAGGCCCAUUCAUGGCGACGUGUUCGCGGAGGAACCGCAUACGACUCCGCUCGAAUCAGACAAUCAAACAGCGAAAAAAUCGGUCUCAUAAAUUGAUUUGGCCCUGCCUGGCUCUCAAGCUUGACGCUGUGCCAAGGUGCUCGCCGGUACUUUGUCGCGAUUAAUGAUUCUUUUGCCUAGACAAAUAUGCACUCUGAUAUACCAUCCAUCGCCACUUUGUACCUUCUUCUUAACGUCACAUCUACCCCAACUGAUACAUGCCCAGCAAGUUUCGAGUCGCGAUAUGCGGUGGAGGUGUGGGGGGACUCACUCUCGCCUCCGCGCUGUCGAAGUGCUCUGAGAUCGAUAUUGAUGUGUAUGAAGCUGCGCCUCAGUUCUCGGAGGCGGGAGCUGACAUCGGUGUGUGGAGGCGACCCUAGCAGAUACUAGAAUCAUUAAGCUUGGAAGAAGGCUUGGGACAGUUAAUUGAUGUCAAGCCGACAGAUGAGAUGGUGCCAGCCCUUCAUUACCGUAGAGCUGAUCAACCGGAGGGUCUGGGCUUUUUUAAUCUUAUCAGUCGAGGCAGUCUUCUCACGUUUCACCGUGCUGAGUUUCACGAUGUUCUAAUUCAUCAUAUGUCGUCAUGAUGCAACAU